AUGCAUCGCAGCAUCUCCAUCCUUCUGUACAGCUUGGCGGGCUUCGCGAAUGCAUUAGCAGCGCAUCCUUCACAUCACCAGCUCGCGCUCCGGCCGUCACGACCGCAGCAUUACAAGCCGAGCCAUGCACACAGCAGCCGCUAUCAUUUGGGCCCCGGCCUCAAUACCAUUGGCAUCCUCUUCGGGACCGCAGAAGACGAAGCGGCGAUCCACGUCUGGUUGCCGUUGGGAGAGCGAGUGCAGACCUUAACCGCGCCCGAACUCCCCGUGCAGCCGCUCACCGCACGCAUCACCACCACCAUCGCGUCCACGGCCGAGCGCGCGUCCGAUGAGUUCCUCGAUUCCAUCCGGUGCUUCGGUUACCCGCGCGUCGAGCACCCUGGACGAGAGGACUCGGAGCCGUCGAAGUAUGCUGUUGUUGCAUUUUCGCGAUCUGAUGGGCUGGUAAGAUUCGCAGCGGGGACCGGGGAGGAGUGGAUGCAUGGGACGGAGAUUGAGAGUUGGGAGUGCCUGUGA